UAGGCUACCAAGAAGCAUCGUGGGUGUCGGGGAAGUGACUAAAAUGGCGGCGGUAGAGUUCAGAAACUCAUAAGUAUUUGACUUUCAGCUUUUUCCAUGAAAAGGGUUUGCAGUUUGUGUAUCAAAUAAAGAUUCUUUGGUAUUAUUCUUGUUUGUUUCAUAGAAUAAGUUAAGGAAGUAAUAAUCAGUUAAAAUGGAGAGUAAUAAUAGUAGUUUGGAGCAAACACUGCAAGAUGGGAAAUUGUAUCGUCAUGUUAAUUCUCUCAUUGUCGCUCACCUUCGUGAUAGUAAUCUCAAUCAGGCUGCAAGUGCUGUAGCUUCAGCUACAAUGACACCAAUGAAUGUUGAAGCUGCUCCCAACAAGCUACUUGAAUUGGUCGCAAAGGUUUGUAUCGGUUGUGGAGAAAGAUGAGACGCUUAGAGGAGUUUCAAUAGCUGUACCUUUUGAUCCAAGCAUAACUGCAGCAUAUGGCUCAAUCCCAGCCCCUCGGGCUGCGUUUGUUGAUUUCAGUAGCGUGAACGAUACAAAAGGGCCGUCAAAAAAUAUCCCAAAGCAUGAGUCACGACAUAUUUCCGAGCACAAGAAUGUUGCAAGGUGUGCCAGAUUCAGUCCCGAUGGAAGAUUUCUUGCUACUGGAAGCGCGGACACAUCAAUUAAAUUGUUUGAGAUUGCAAAAGUUAAGCAAAUGAUGCAGCCAGAUGCAAGGGAUGGCCCAGUGAGGCCUGUUAUACGGACUUUUUAUGAUCAUCAACAACCAAUAAAUGACUUGGACUUUCAUCCGCAAAAUACUGUACUCAUAUCUGGAGCAAAAGACCGCACCAUCAAGUUCUUUGAUUUUUCCAAAACGGUAGCAAAGAGAGCAUUUAGAGUGAUUCAGGAUACACAUAAUGUAAGGUCGGUGUCAUUCCAUCCUUCCGGGGACUUUCUUCUGGCAGGAACUGAUCAUUCAAUUCCUCAUCUAUAUGACAUCAACACUUUCAAAUGCUACCUGCCACCAAAUUUCCAAGAGAUGGGUGUCAAUGCUGCUAUUAAUCAGGUUAGGUAUUCAUGUACUGGCGGAUUGUAUGUAACUGCUUCCAAAAAUGGUGCAAUUCGGCUAUGGGAUGGGGUAACUGCUAGCUGUGUGCGAUCCAUAGAUGGUGCACAUGGAGCGGCGGAGGCCACAAGUGCAAAUUUUUCAAAGGAUGAAAGGUAUAUUCUAUCCUCGGGAAAAGACUCUUCGGUGAAGCUUUGGGAAGUUGGCACAGGAAGAUUGGUCAAACAAUAUCUUGGAGCUACACAUACACAGUUGCGCUGCCAGGCUGUAUUCAAUGAUACAGAAGAAUUUGUAUUAUCAAUUGAUGAAUCUCUCAAUAAGAUUGUUGCAUGGGAUGCUCUGACGACAGAAAAAGUGGCUAGAUGGCCCUCCAACCAUAUUGGUGCACCCCGUUGGCUUGUGCAUUCCCCUGUAGAAGCUACAUUUGUGUCUUGUGGGAUUGACCGAUCCAUUCGGUACUGGAAGGAGUGCCCUUAGUGCCAAUAAUGAGCCGGUGGCAGGUGGCAAAGCCAGAGAUGUAUGCCAAUGUAAUUUAAUAAGCUUGCUGUAGCUGUAAGAAACUCUCAUCCCACUUAUUUGUUGUAUACUUGAGAAAGAGAAAAGAGACAUUCGUUCUUAGGAAGGUCAGCCAAGCAAAGCUCUUUCCUUUUUUUUUUUUUUUUUUUUUUGGACAUGCAGUGAGCUAAGUAGAUGGAAGCAAUUAUUGCUUUGUCUACACAUCCUCUCUGAUGGUGAAGGAAAGUAAAAAGAAGAGGCAAAUAGGUCUCAAGUUGGUCCAAUGGUCAGGCAUGAUGGUUAAAUCUCCUCUAUUUUGAUAAGGGUCCUUUACUGAUCACCCAAAUUACCCAGUUUUUAAGGGAAGAUUAAACAUUUGCUUGAGGGACAUGUAUUUAGGCGUUUUUUAAUUUGUCUGGCAGCAUUUGUUUCCGAGUUUUUGUAAUUGAUUGACAGUAUUACACAAUGUGGACGUAAGCUUGAUCGUCCUUUUGGGAUUCAAUGUAGCAACCUUGUACCCUACUCUGUAGGAUAUUUCACGUCUUUUAACUGGAAAAUUUUCUUCUCCCAAUGGAUA